UAGCCGCUGCACUUCCUGUGACCAUAUUUGGCGCGGGCAUUGGCGGCGCGUGAGCCCAGCAGACAUUUCCGCGGACUAAUCGGAGCUUUUUGUCUCCUCGUGCAUCACAAGAAACAAAACACCGAGCGAUCGCUGUUGUCUUCACACAAGUUCAACCGCGACAGAAAAAAAAACUCGCUUCUUCUUCUUCUUCUUGUUCCCGAGAGCCUGCACAUCCACUGAUCCUGACAUCAGUGCAAACCUCUCACACCGGAGAACCGCUCCAGAGAUACAGUGAACCAACAUGACGACGCUGCUGGACCUGAAGAGCAGUGUGCUGCGGCAGGUGCAGAGGAGCCAGUCGCUGAGGAGCCGGAGGGAGCCGCCGCCGCCCACCCCCGGCAGCCCCCUGACACACAGUCCUGACCCGUUACCCCGCAGGUGACUCCCUCUUCUUGGCAGGAUUUCCGAGGAGAGUGCAGAGUUCUUUGAGCGUAUGAACGCUGUCCUUCAGAAACAGGAGAACAUGCUGCGGGCUGCCCAGGCUGAGUGCCAAAGAGGGGACUGCACAGUGCCACCGCCCCAAGAGCACGUGGACCAGGCCUUUAUCGCGGACAGAAUCAGCAGGACAGAGCUGGACCUGCUGUAUGAGGAGGCUGUGUACACCGUGGUCAACCGGGUUGGAGUGCAUUCCGCAGAACACGUGAAAAGUGACGAAGAGCUGUUUACGUACAUACUCAAGGUGUUCGAUAUGGGCGAAGAGGAACAUGACAUCAUUCUCCAGAAAGUUCAGGAAGCCAAUCGAGCCAGUUUUUCCUUGAGAGUUUCUGUUUUGAAAGCAAAGAGUCUGAUGGCCAAGGACGCGAAUGGUUACAGUGACCCCUACUGCAUGCUGGGAAUCCUGGUGGGCCAGAGCCCCCGGGAGGUGGAGGAGAAGAAGGAGAGAAAGUUCAGCUUCAGGAAGAGGAAGGAGAAGCUGGAGAAGCGCUCCAGCACCAAGGAGGUGCUACCCGCCAGGUGCAUCCACGUGACAGAGGUUAAACCAGAGACUCUCAACCCGGUGUGGGACGAGCACUUUGUGUUUGAAAUAGAUGAUGCUCACAGUGACCUUUUACAUCUGGACAUAUGGGAUCACGACGAUGACGUGUCUGUAGCUGAAGCCUGCAAGAAGCUCAAUGAAGUCAGUGGACUUAGAGGAAUGGGCAGGUAUUUCAAGCAGAUUGCCAAGUCCAUGCGUGCCGAUGGAUCUGCAUCAUCGGGUUCUGAGGAAAACGUAGAUGACUUCCUCGGAUGCAUUAACAUCCCUCUGAACGAGAUUCCUGUUGUCGGUUACGACACAUGGUUCAAGCUGGAGCCUCGGUCGAGUGCGUCUAAAGUUCAGGGAGAAUGUCACCUGAUGCUGAAGCUCUUCACCAGCCAGAGAGACACAACUUUGUCCAAGAAGGAUUCUAAUGUUUCUAUUCACAAGAAACUGCUGAGACAGAUUGUGGAGUAUGAGCAUGCUAAUGUUAAGAAGGAGCCAUACAACUGGGACGGACAGGUUGGUCCUCCAGCAUGGACGGUGCUCACUCACCAUGCUGUGCAGACUGAUCUGUCACCUCUCCAACAGGCCAUUAUUCGCUGGCAGUGCUACAGCAGCCACCAUCGGACCCAGAGGGUGUGCUACUCCCUGCUGCUGCGCCUCCUGAGGACCAUCGAUGCAGAGUGGGACCCUCCCGCUGUGAGAGGAGACCUGGAGAGGCAGCUGUCAGACAGCUUCAGGCUGUACACAGAGCACUGCCUGUGCCUGAUGAAGAACAUGCGUCAGGUUUUCCCCUGCACCAGUGCUGCUGCCAUUACACGCUACGAGCUCAUGCUGAGGGGGAUUGGCUACAUGCAAAACAUGCGGGCAUUUAAGACUGUAUGUCCUCUUCGAAAUGAACUGCAUCUGGACAUCACUACCGCUGUAAAGAAAGGAGCAGCUGAGUGGUACGAGAGCUUAAUUGCCCGUUAUAAACCAGAGGAUGGGACCCUGGAUGAGCAGCUGAAGAAGCUGGUUCAGGUGGUGGAUGCUGUGGUUGCAGACAUACAGAGGGCCCAGAAGAUAUACAACAAACUCUUCUACAGUGCUGUGAAAGUAGAUUUCUUCAGCAUAUCAUACAGACAGUUGGAGAAACAGGUAGCAGAUGACGUAAAUGUAGCAAUGGAGCGAGUGUGUGGGACCCUGGAGCAGGAGAGCUCCAAGCUGACUCAAACAAUGGGAGAGACCAUCUUUGAGCUCUUCAUGUCCUUGAAAGUCCUCAAAGGCUUCCGGGAGUUCCUUCCACUCAAGGACGCUAAAAUGUUAGCUUUGACGGGCUUCCAUAACUGGUUCAAGUCCUCCAUUCAUAAGUGGCUGCAGAUCGUUCACGACAGAUCUUGUGACAGGAUCCGUAAAGCAGUGGAAACAGACCAACUGGAACCCGUGGAAGAGGCCAAACACAGCUCCUCCGCCGUGGAAGUGGCGACAUGCUUCAGCCAGGUGCGUGAGAUCUGGCUCCAGCUGGCCUGGCCAGACUCUGCAGGCGCCUUCAUCUUUGUCACUCGUUUGACAGACAAUUUCUGCAGUGAGGCCGUGUGCUACUCAGAGAUGAUAACACGCAAGAUUGAGAGGAACCAGCUGGGCCGAGACAACAAGAGCUUCACAGUGCAGCUCUGCAUUGCCCUGAACAACAUGGAGCAUGUGCGCGUGUUCCUGGGUCGCCUGCCCCAGGACCUGGACUGGCAAGGUGUGGAGCGGGCCAUGGAGGAGGCCUGUGGGGCGGAGGGGAAGGAGCAGGUUUACAAGGCCCUCAACGGGCAGCUAUUGAACAUGGACCUGGACCUGCAGAGAGAGGCCAAGCGCCUCAUCACGCUGCUCACUGACAAGAUGCUCCCCGAGCUGCGUAGAUACAUCCAGCACAUCAGCCUGUCUCCUGACUCCAUCAACAACGACGACGCGGUGUCACCUCUCAUGAAGUACUUACAAGACACAAUGAACCUCCUCACUGAAAACCUUGUAAAGGAGAACCUGAUGAGAGCUCUCCAAAGCAUUUGGGAGCUGCUCCUUCAAAUGAUCCUGGACGCGGUGACAGAAAACAGAGGCGUGCAGGUGGAGUUUUACAACCGCUUCCAGUACACAGUGGAGGCCGCGUUGCAAUUCUUCAACGCUAAGGGCCAGGGUCUCUCCCUGGAAGACAUGAAGAGCGGAGACUACAAGGUCCUGGACGAGGAGCUCAGGCUGAAUAAAUGUUCCUCCUUCGAGCUGAUUGAACAGUACUAUCUGGAGAAGAUUUCCCACCAAAAAACUCUCAAACACACCCGUUUCGGUCGAAUCAGUGUCAAGUGCUACUAUGAUGCUCCCGAGCAGAGACUGACGGUGGAGAUUCUGCAUGCUGCGGAUAUCAUAGCACUGGACGCCAACGGUCUGAGCGACCCAUUCGUCAUAGUGGAGCUCUGUCCCCACCACCUCUUCCCUAUGGCCAAGAGUCAACGCACGCAAGUGAAGCUCAAGACCCUGCACCCAGUGUUUGAUGAACUCUUUUACUUCCACGUCAGUCCUGAGCAGUACAGACACAGGUUUGCCUGUUUAACCUUCACCGUGAUGGACUAUGACUGGCUCUCCACCAACGACUUUGCCGGCGAAGCCAUUGCUCCUCUCAGCGACUUCUGUUGGCCAGGGAGACCGAACGCCUCACCUGCCGGCAAAAGUGUCCAGCCGGCCAUUUUGCACCUGUCUCGCAGUAAACCCAGUGAGAAGCCAAUCAUGAGGAUGCUGGAAGCGCGCAUCGGAGACAGGGAGGCUCAGGAGUUUGUCCGCAGGCUGAAGGAGAUUGAGAAGUCAAUGGAGGAGGAGUAGAAGCCGUCAGCGCUGCCUGCAUCGAUGUCUUCUGACCUCGUCUUGCAAUCUGUGCUUUUGUACUGGUACGAUGUUUACAAUAUUUGGUUUUUAUUUUCCAAUAUUAUGUUUGUUCAGUCAUAAUACCAAAAUGAGAAGAGAAAAAAUGGAAAACAAGGAUGUUUUCUUACUGGGAAAAUGAACAUCCUGUCACUGUGCAACCCUAUGCUGUCUCAUUUCAGCUAUAUUUUAGAAUUGAAUGGAUAGUUGAUCCUAAAUGUUACUAGUCUAUAUUUUUUGUAAUGAAGUAAUGUUAUCUUUGUUGUAUAAUCUUUGAUAUGAUAGAUUUAACAUUUCAGAACUAUUUUGUGGAAGUAGCUUACAUAUCCAAUAGUAUCCAGUCAGAGUUUAAAUCUAAACCUCAUCAUUUGCAGAGGGGUUUAACAGGUGUUGAGACUUUUUACCAUUCUUCACAAACACUGUGGGGAUAAAAUGCAUAAAAAGCUUAUUUAGGAUGGGAAAUAAAUCCUGUAGUACCUAUUGUAGGUGAAGGGAAUCAUUGAGGAACAACAAGUAGCUUUGGGGGGGUUUCACUUUAUUCUGAGAGUUGUGUUUUCGGGCCAGGGGGAAUGUUAGCAGGGAGGCCGAAGGGCCUGCGUGGCACACACACACACACAGCUCGGGUUCAUUCCACUUUUUCAAAAAGCUUAUGAUGGGUCAGUGAAGAGGCCAAAGACAGUGCUAAAGUAGUGGUGGGAAAAUUGUUUCUUCUGACACCAGUCAGUCAACAAUGUUUAUGAUGCUAAUUGCAGCGAGUGAGUUUAUGUAGCGUUCAGAAAUUUCUGGAAACAGCCAUCAAGUUUGUGAGUCAGUGUGGGAAUAUUUACAAGACCUUGCUCCAACAGCAACUCUCAUCGCCUGGCUCUCUCCAGUCCUCUGAAGCUUUGUGUCGCAGACUGAAAGCUCUCGGAUUUCAUAUUACACAACCUCUAAUCGAUCUUUCACCUUGUGAUGAUAUUUGGGAAACAAAACUACUAAAAAAUAUCAAGCCAAUAUCUGGAAAUUUAACUUAACAAAAUCGUUGACAAACAAGGCUAAAAACUGUUUCUUCCUUGCUUGUAUAGUAUGAACUCACGAUGACAAGACAGAAAGUCGUGUUUUGUGAACUUCACAGUGAUCCAUUGAAGAAGAAAGUCGUGAAGCCUCAACUUGGCAUUAGUAGACAAUUAAAUGCAGGAAAAUUCAACACUACUGUAUAUCUAUGAAAGCCAUCAGUCUGGUUUAAAAUGCCACCUAAGUAAUAACUUUAGGUUCAAGUCCUGUCUAUGAAACUGGCCCUUACUGUUUAAAAGCAGCUUAAAGUUUACCUUGUUAAAUACGCCACCUGCUAGCGUUCACAAAAAAAUUAAUGAUGCACAUUCUGGCCUUUGGGGGAGCCAUUAAUGAAAGAAGCUAGUUUUAUUAUGGAGAGACACCUUACGAACAAAAGCACAACAGGAUCACAAAAGUAGUAAUAUGUAGAGUAGAUAAGAAACACUGUAGCAAGUAGUGAGAACUUAGAACCAAAAUCUUAACACCGACAGCGUUUUGAUAGCUAUAUAUCUUUACAGUAGCUGCUUGUGUCGUGCUUUGUCGUCACCCUGUGGAGCUGCGAGUUAAAAGCACGCAAAAAAAACAAAACAAACAUAUCUAUGCCUGGAGAGUGUGCUGCGUUACAGGGAUCGUUCAGGUGUUCAAGAAAUAUGUCUUUAGCAAACAGAAGCGAGGAAUCCUUUAAGACCAUCAUUCCCCUGUAUGUCUAUAUGUUUAAUACGGUUUUUACGAUAUUCUAGACAGAAUAUGUUAGUAUUCCUGAGAAUCCCUCUAUCUUAUCCAUUUCAACAGUACAUCAUAUGACUUAAAUAUUAUAAAUGACACAAUUAUAUUUCAUGUUCAUUAAAGGUCAAAUGUUUACAAAAAAUGAAUGUAAACUAUUAUAUGAUCUUAUGAAGCUGAAAUUAUAUAUUAAAAGAUCAAUUUUAAAUCACAGUACCGAAGUAAAUCUUUAUCAAUGUGGGGGGGUUGAUAUAUAACAUGAAAAACAAUUGUUUUGCUUUAUGUAAGGGAACACACUGUCUCUCAUACACACACAGCAAAAACGUACAGGUGUCUGUGUUUAUUCAAAGUAUUAAAGAUGUCUAUAUGUUGUCCAUAGACAAAUUCAAUCUGGUCAGUAUUGGUUGAGUAGAUUAACUUAUUUUACUGAUUUUCAAAUUUAACAAAGAUAUUUCAGUCUGAAAAUGUUCAGUGUAGUAUUAUCAUAGUUUUCAUGUCCUAAAACAACUGCAUUUCAUAAACUGGUCACAAUGGAGAAAAACAAAAGAGCUCAAAGGCCUCAUUGACAUCAGACUGUGAACAGAAUAUCAGUGCUGACAUGGACAUGUUUAGAUUGAGGUAUAUAUAAUAUAGAAAUAUUGUUCAAUAGUAUAUGGUUUGUGGUCUGCCAGCCGCACUUGAAGGCAACCGGUUGGUGAAAAGUUAUCUCCAGAGGCGAAACACCUUCGAUAUGUUUUAGUAACAGUGAAUUAUUUGUCCUUGAAUUGUAAAUGCCUGUGUUGCUGUUUAUUGGGUUAUACCUUUG